GGCAGAUCCUCUGCUCAUGCGGGCAGGCAGAAAAGGGUGGCCCCCGGGGUUGUGGGUCUUUGGGUGCAAGCUGAAGGCGCGCUGAGGCUGGCCAGGGGAUCACCUACGGACGGGAAGCUGGUUUGCUGAGGAUUGAGUGAGUGCUGUUUGAACGAGAAAACUUCAUCACAAGCAUAACCGUAUUUGGAGCUGAAAUGGAACAAGUAUUUGAUGAGCCAGUGAGAGACCAGGUCACACGGACACGUUUGACAGAAGACAUUCCAAAUGCCAAUAAGUGCACAGUGAUCGGAGGUUCUGGAUUCCUGGGACAGCACAUGGUGGAGCAGUUGCUGACAAGGGGCUACACUGUCAAUGUAUUUGAUAUGCGGCAAGGGUUUGACAAUCCCCGGGUGCAGUUCUUUCUGGGAGACCUCUGCAGCCAACAGGAUCUGUACCCAGCUCUGAAAGGUGUAAGCACAGUUUUCCACUGUGCAUCACCCCCACCAUCCAGUAACAACAAGGAACUCUUUUAUAGAGUGAAUUACAUUGGCACCAAGAAUGUCAUUGAAACUUGCAAAGAGGCUGGAGUUCAGAAACUCAUUUUAACCAGCAGUGCCAGUGUCAUCUUUGAGGGUGUCAACAUCAAGAAUGGAACCGAAGACCUCCCUUAUGCUGUGAAACCCAUUGACUAUUACACGGAGACAAAAAUCUUACAGGAGAGAGCAGUCCUGGGUGCCAAUGAUCCUGAGGGGAAUUUCUUAACCAUGGCCAUUCGCCCUCAUGGCAUUUUCGGCCCAAGGGACCCCCAGUUGGUCCCCAUCCUCAUUGAGGCAGCCAGGAAAGGCAAGAUGAAGUUCGUGAUUGGAAAUGGGGAGAACUUGGUGGACUUCACCUUUGUGGAGAACGUGGUGCAUGGACACAUCCUGGCUGCAGAGCACCUCUCCCAAGAUGCGGCCGUGAGUGGGAAGGCAUUUCACAUCACCAAUGACGAACCCAUCCCCUUCUGGACAUUCCUGUCCCGCAUCCUGACAGGCCUCAACUACGAGGCCCCCAAGUACCACAUCCCCUACUGGGUGGCCUACUACCUGGCCCUCCUGCUGUCCCUCCUGGUGCUGGUGGUCAGUCCUGUCAUCCAGCUCCAACCCACUUUCACACCGAUGCGUGUCGCCCUGGCUGGCACAUUCCACUAUUACAGCUGUGAGAGAGCCCAAAAGGUCCUGGGCUACCGGCCACUGGUCACCAUGGAUGACGCUAUAGAAAGGACCGUGCGGAGUUUUUAUUACCUGCGGAAAGUCAAGUGAUGCAGCCCGGAGACUGGGCCCUCACAGUGCCUUCCCCGGCUACUAACUCUCCCCUGUGGACCAACAAACUAACCUCCUUCAAGUGACUUUCUUCUGAGCUUAGGUAGGUCUCCUCCUGCCAGUUAGAUGAGAGCACACCGAGCUGUUCCAUGACCACAAGGGUGGAGGAAAUGGGAGGCAUUUCUCCCAUUUGUCGGAUUGGAUUUGAAUUUCUUAAAGCAGGCAGCUUCAUAUUCUACUGUUUUGUGUUCUCCUCUCCCUCUCCCCUACCCCUCCCACCCCCACCCCUCCUCUCUCCCGGGUUACUUAUCAUUCCAGCAUCCUUCUACAUAAUCAAGGAAGCUGUAGGGAAAAAACAAUCCAUUUGCUAAUGGAUGAUGGGAAACUAGAUUUACUUCCAUGCAAACCAGUACUAGAGUAGAAGCCACAGGCUGUUCAAGGAGCCACAUAUUACACAUAUCCUAGGAGAAAAGCAGAAGUUUUAAACACAUGGUGAAAUCUCAAACAGAUGCAGAAUUUAAAGCAAAAACUUUUUAAAAGCUUAAAUAAUUGUUACCCCUCUCCCCAUCAGUCUCUAGAGGGAAAAGACUGCUGGUUGGUCACCUCCAUAUAUGCUUCCAUGUUCUCUCUCCGGUACAGCUGGUGUGCCUGCCUGCAUUGUUUUUUCAUAAAACAUUCUUUCAUGGACAUGUCUCUCUCUCUCUCUCUCUCUCUCUUUUUUUUUUUAAGAGUUUAUCCAUGUAUUGGCCAGAGAACGCGUGUGUGUGAGAGAGAG